AUGAAUUCAACUAAGAAUGGCUGGGGUUCAUCAAUGGAUCAUUAUAUUGAAGCAACUGGUGUUGAAUAUGAUUCCAUUUCCUAUGGACCAGCAAAAUAUGGUUCGAAUGCAGAUAACCUGGAAGUCAUUAACGAGCAACCUGAAGAAGAAUGUACUGAAGUGAAACCGCAGUCUCAAGAAAAAAAAGAGGUGCUCGAUUCGGUUAGACGAUUGUUCGAAGCUGAUUCCACAGAAUCUAACAGCGCUUUGAAGAGUCUAGAUGUGGAUAUAAACGUUCAAGGUGACUUCUAUACGCUAAAUUCGGUCAUGAAUUCUUCUACAGCCAAUACAACUCAAGAGAACUGCUCGAAGUUUAUCACUCCGUCUGUUAUUGAUGAACACUAUCACAUUGGUAUCGAUUCUAUUCCUCUACAAAAGGAAACUUUCAUUGAAAAAAACGGUGUUCAAUUCACCAUGAUGGUAGUAGGGCAAUCUGGAUUAGGUAAGACAACUUUCAUCAAUACCUUGUUCGGAACUUCACUUCUACCUACUGUAUGGGAAUCUGAUAUGACAGAAAGAGGAGUCACAAAGACAACGAAAAUCGUUCGCCAUGAGAGUGAGUUAGUUGAAAAUGGGUUUACCUUGAGAUAUACUGUCAUUGACACACCUGGAUUUGGCGACCUUGCAAACAAUAAUUUUUCUUGGUCACCAAUUGUAAAUUACAUUGAUGAGCAAUAUAGAUCUUAUAUCUUUCAAGAAGAGCAGCCAUUGAGAGCUUCCCUUAAGGAUAACCGUAUUCACUGUUGCUUAUAUUUCAUAAACUUGACCAGAAAUGGCUUGAGUGCAUUAGACAUUGCGGCAAUGGAAGAAAUUUCUAAAAGGGUUAAUUUGAUCCCUGUUAUCGCCAAAAUUGAUGGGUUAACCUCGGCUGACUUAGAAAUGUAUAAGAGGAAAAUCAGAGAAACUCUUCAAAAGCAAGAGAUAAAAGUUUGUUCUUUCUUGGAUCAAAACCAUCCCAACUGCCAAACAAUAUUCGAUACGUAUCCGUUCGGUAUCGUUUGUUCCGAUGAAAUGGUAACAAAUAACGAAGGGAAAUUGGUACGUGGUAGAAAAUACAAAUGGGGAAAUGUGGAAGUUGAGAAUCCGCUACAUUCCGAAUUUACUGCUUUAAGAACAGUGUUAAUGUCUAAAAAUCUUGUUGAUUUCGCUGUAGGAUGUGAAAAUUACUACGAAAAAUGUCGUUCUCAUAUCUUAUUAUCAAGAAUUCAACAGGCUAAGACCAACUGUCCAGAUCAUUUGGAUUUGACUAACUUAGAUCUUGAUAAUCCCGAUCAGAAUGGAUUAGAAAACUAUAAAUUCUAUGAAGCCUUCAACAAGAAAUUUAUGGAUGAUUUGAUUAUCGAAUGGUCCCCUGAGUUUAUCCAUAAGCAAUGGGAAGCAAAGAAACGGCUUAGCGAGAUUGUGUCAAUGGAAGAAAAAAGAUUCAAGGAUUGGAAACAGGAUUUGCUAAACAAGCAAAAUUUAUUCAACCACGAGAUCGAGGAUCUUCAUACAAUAGUCCAACAGAUUCGUUCCGAAUGCAAUGAAUUGGAGACAAGGGUGAAUAAACAGAGGCCCAGGAGAUUUUCUAAACUUGGAUUAUCUUCACAUUCUGAAUUAGCUAGAUGA